GAGAAUGUCUGGAUGCAGACUUGCUCCACAGCCAGCAUACUGCAGUCUGUUUGAUCAGGCCUAAACAGCUGCAUUGGGGAAAAAUCUGAACUGCAGGUUCUUCUAGAGUGAACUGUGGUAUUCCUAAUAACUGGAAAAAAAGGAUUGCUUAACCCUGUGCUUUACUGCCAAAUAAAUGGGGACAAGGAAUGACCAGAAUCAAGCUUUUCUAGAUAUUAACAUCUUACAGCUGGAGCGAAGAUAUGAAAUUACACAGUGAAGCGAAGAAUCGCUAUGUUGCUUUCUGGGCACGGAAUGAUCCUGUAUGUGCUUUUCAUGUUUUCCAUGGACAGUAUCAUUCAGCCAGUCUGUGGGGAACCCCCUCCUAAAAUCAAUGGGAAAGUACAUUCAGUUGCCACAGUGGAGGAGAACGUCCCCAAGGACUUCACCUGCAUAGCAGACAAGUGGAAGACUGCACCUAUUCUUACAUGGUAUCUAAAUGGCAAGAAACAGGAAGUGAAUGACACUACAGUAAUGGCAUCAUCUGGUGAGAUGUUUAACCAGAGUUCUAGCUCCUUUGUUGUAGCAUUGCAGAAGGCAGACAAGGAACUGAACUGCUCGGUCAUUGAUCCAGAAUCUGGCAUGAUGAAGAAUGCUACAGUCAUCUUCAAUGUGCAGUUUAAGCCUGAAAUAGUGAAGAUGAAUGGUCACUACAGGGAAAGUGAUGAUCCUGGAUUAUUCCUUGUACUCUUCAUCCUGGUGAGAGCCAACCCACCUGCCAACAUCACUUGGGUAGACAAGGACGGCAAACUUAUGGUAAACACCUCGAACUUCCUUAUUGUGGACACCAAAAGUUAUCCAUGGCUGACCAAUCACACAGUACAUGUGCAGCUCACUAGCACUGCUAGUAAUUAUUCUUUCACUGCCGGAAAUGAUGUUGGAAUCAUCAAUUCUUCCAUAUCCUUUCCAGUGUCAGAGCGUGAAUCCCUGAAGAAACUUGAAUUGAAGGAAGGCAUUAUUAUUAAGGAGGCUGAUAAAGAUUUUCUUCAGUCCUGGAUAGAAGUGCCUGUUCUUGGGAUAAUUAUUGGUGGCUUGUUGGCAACAUUAAUUAUUCUGCUGCUCAGUGUGGUCACAUUCUGUACUAUUUACAGAAGAAGGAAAACUGCACGAGGUGAGCGGCAAGAAGAGGCCCUUCAACCUUUGAGUGAUUUUAAAAACAUGAAGUCUGACCAUUUUCGGCUGCCUAGAGAAAACAUGUCUCUGCCAUCAAAUCUUCAGUUGAAUGAUUUGAACAGAAUUACAAAAGAAGUAGAUGCUAGAAUGAAAUGCCAGCCAGUAGGAUCCAGUGAAGAGGAAAGUUUCUCAGGACAGGACAAUGCCAAUCCUUUGUCUAACAAAGGCUUUGUGCGAUUCCCGAUGGUGGGGUACAUUUAUAAAGUUUCCAGUAUGAGCAGUGAUGAAAUCUGGCUGUGAUGUCUGUGAAGUACUAUGCAACCUGUGAGGCCUACAAGUAAUAUCCUGUUCUAUUCCUAUCCCAUCAUGUGUUCUUGGAACCUGUGCCUCGCAUGGAAAAUGACUGUAAACUUCAUUCUUGGAAAGAGCUUUACUUUUGAUGUCCCACCAGUCAUGACAGAGUCGAAGUAGGAUGCCUCUUCUAAAGUAGCUAACGUGUUAAAAUAUUGUAUUUUGGAAAUGUUUCUUCUGGAAACUUAAGUUGCAGGUCCCAAAGAAGCAGGAUUUUAAUUCUGCAUAAGCCAUACCCUUUGAAAAGUUGCUGUUUGUUCCUAAAGUUAAAGACUUGCACAGUUUUGACCUGUCUGUUAUUACAGGGCUAGAGAAAAACAAGAACAAAGAGCAGGAGGCAGAGACUUUAGACAGUGUUAUCAUUAACUGAUUCUACCACCAGAUAAUCUUAGUUUGCAUGUAUGUAUUCCUCAUCUGUAGGAAGUCAUAUUUUUAGAGGAUUAAAUGUAACAGUUUUGAUAUUUUUUAUUUGGGUCAAAAGUAUUAUUUUAUAUGUGGAACAGACGGUUCAUGUUUAAUAAAAUAUGAGGGACUACAAAAUUCAGAGGACACAAAGCCACUUUUCUAAAUUCCAUUUAGUUUCCUUGAUAAAGUCUUCUAAAAAUGCUUCUGAGCAAAGAAACUGUUAAGCUGGUAAGAGUCUUCUGCUGCUUGCAGAUUGAUAGCAAUGGCAGUUGUAAAGCAGUGCAAAUAGUUAUUUUUCAUUAUUUUCCAACCCACCAAUAAUAAAUAGAAAGAGGUCUUUUAUUUUGGGUAAGGAUGUGAUCAGAGGUGCCAUGGCAUUCUUGCAGUUUGGAUUUUAAGUAUGUAUUUUUUUUCCAUGGUUUGCUUCUUUUACUCCCAGCUAGUGUUGCAUAUGUUACCCUGAUCAAGCCAUCACAGUUUCAUGACCCUACAAACUCAUUUGAUGAAGAUUUCACAGAAUGGCCUGAUACUGUCAUCUCAUAGUGCAGGAUCUGCCUGUCUGGGCACUGUGGCCUUUCAGCUGCGGUUAUGAAUGGCAGAGUGCUGUGAUGCAGUCUGGAGCAAAUUAUCUGCAGUGACAGUGGGCUGACAUGAUUUUAUUGGAGACAACUGAGAAGAUUCUCCAUUCUUUUCCCCUGAAGAAUCUACUAUGUAUAUAUCAUAUGUAACUUAUACUGCUCCCUCACCCUUCCAGUGAGUACUGAUAGGUAGUAAAGCCACUGGCCAAUAAGCACUGCUGCUCAUUGGAUUUCAGAGCCUUUACUCUUCAUUGGAGUGGAAAUACCUCGUUUGGACUUCCUGACUGUUUCUGCUGAUGCCAUGACUUGCUCCAGAAGCUGAAUUAUCAGCAUAGUAGUCUGGCAUCUUGCCAGGUUUGUCCCAAAAGAACUUUGUUUUUUUUUUUCAGUUGCAGUUCUAUAAAGAUCAUUGAAAUGUAAUAGAACUGCACUCGGUUAUGCUAUGUAAACAUUCUAUAAGCAGUGCACGAGCAUUGUAGUUUCUCCACGAAUGAAAUAUAGUUUUCAGUUUUGUGGCCUAGGUUCAUGUUAGCAUAUAGAUCUGAUAGUAACUCCUCUUGAAAGAUGAAAGGAAUGGACUGCACAUAGUUUCAGAAUUGCAGGGCAAGGAUAAAGCUAAUCAUUGGAAUUUUUAGAACCCUACAUUCUUUGGAGAAUGCUGUAUAUGUGUGUGUGUGUGUGUGUGUGAGAGAGAGAGAGAUCAGCUUGACUAUCUUAUGAUGAGAACUGUGUAAUUCACCAUAUGUAUGCACCAAUGUCUGUGUUUCAAAACUCUGAGUUAUUUGUUAAAAAUUCUAUCUCAAUAACUCAGUGCUUUUGUUAUUAAACAAGAGGUAUGUACAGA